AUGCCGCCGCCGCCGCCAACGGACAUCUCUUCCACACCUGCUCCUGCCACUGGCCCCGCAUCCGGAGGCCCUAAGGAGCUUCGAAAGCGCGCGCAGCUGCGUGACGUCCACGUCAGCGUCGCCCUCAUGGAGGAGUUCCUGGCUUACGCACGGUCCAACACGUCCCGUGGUAUCGAGUCGUGCGGCAUCUUGGCGGGGAGGUUGUUGGCGGGGGACUCUACGUUUGCCAUCACCACGCUCAUCAUCCCUAAGCAGGAGGGCACCACGGAUACGGUGACGGCGCUGAAUGAGGAGGAGGUUUUCGAGGCGCAGUUCUCCCGGGAGCUAUAUCCCCUGGGGUGGAUCCACACGCACCCCACACAGACGUGCUUCCUUUCGUCGGUAGAUGUGCACACCCAGUGCGGCUAUCAGACCAUGUUGGAUGAGGCUGUGGCCAUCGUCAUGGCGCCGUCGGACGUUUCCAAGAAGUGCGGCAUCUUCCGACUGAGCACCCCGGGCGGACUGGGUCUCGUGCAGAAGUGCCCCCAGCGCGGCUUCCACGUGCACCCGCCCACGGACACGGGCCAGGAGCUGUACGAGCUGUGUAGCCACGUGUUUCUCAACCCGCGGACACACCACGAGGUCCUGGAUCUGCGAUGA